AUGCCCCAGCGGGUAACCCUGCCCUGGCAGUCCGACAUGCAGCUGGCCGGCAAGCUGGUCCUCUCCGCCGCCGCUCUGCUCCUCCUGACUUUGGCGUACAGGUUUUAUAAGUCCCGCUCGCUUGCCAGGGGCAAAAUCCCGCCGGCCGACGCGGGAGGAGAGCAGAGGGAAAACUCUGCCCGGGAUGCGGAUGGGGAUGAGGAUGGUGCGGCAGGUCUGCGACGGAGGAGGGUGUUUGGUGAGGAGGCGAGGAGGGAUGGUGGGGAUGUACAAGCGAGCGGUCAAGCGAGCGAUCCUGGGACAUGGCGCACACCUCUCCGGGGGGAUCAAAGUCUGCCAGGGGGUGAGGAGGAGGAGGAGGAGGAAGGAGAGGAGAUGGUUUCUGAACUGGGGCUGACUUGCAGGAGAGCGGGGAUGGGCAGGAGGGGAAGCAAGCCGGCAAGCGAGCCGGCAAGUGAGCCAGGAAGAGAACCGGGAAAUCAGAUAGGAAGUGAGCUGGGAAGUAAGCUGGCAAGCAAGCCAGGAAGCGAGUGGGGAAGCGAGCCAGGAAGCAAGCUGGGAAGCAAGCCAGGAAGCAAGUUGGGAAGUGAGCCGGGAAGUGAGCCAGGAAGCGAGCCAGGAAGCAAGUUGGGAAGUGAGCCGGGAAGUGAGCCAGGAAGCGAGCCAGGAAGCAAGCUGAGCUCUUAUGACCCUGGGGACACGGCCGAAACACUGAGCAGCCGUGGGGAGGAAGGCACACUCGCCCCAAGCACCGGGCUUUCCCCUGGGAUUGCUAAUGCCCAGACGGCUGGUGACGGACAUGUCCAAAGCACGGAGCAGGAUUUGGCUGGCGGAGGCAUGAGCCGGGAGGUUGAGGCGCGUGGGGGGACAAUCCAGACCCUCAGCGUCACCUCGGACCUGGGGCUAACAAUGACAGCAAGCAACGUGGGGUCGGAUGCCUCCUACUCUUUCUCCUCAGUCACAAAGAUCCAGGUGGAGGAGAACUACAUCGCCGAGCGGCGGGCGAAGAACGGGGCCAGGCAGCUGGUCCCCAGCCUCAAAGGCAAAGUCUACGACUACUACGUCCAGUCCAUCUCCCAGUCAGUGUCGAAGAAGAGGUCUCUCCCAUACAUCCCUCUGGGAACAUCCCGGCACUGCAGCUCGGAGCGAGUCAAUGAAGAGCUGCAGAGUUUUGCAACCCAGGAGCUGGACCCAGUGUCGGCAACGUGGGAUCCCACCACCUCCUCCAUAGUUCCACCACCUACAGGGAGCUUGGAGAUCUCCCCUGAGCCACCAUCUCCUGGCCGCAAGGACAGCAUCCUCCAGAUUGCUGACAGUCCCCACCUUCAGCUGCCCAUGGAGGGUUUUGGGGCCACCACACUAGCUGGCACACCACCUGCAAGCCCCCGGCCAGGGCUGGUGGCCAGUGCUGACCUCUUCCAAAUGCCACCACCCACCCACCUGGACCUGGGGAACUGCUAUGAGGUCCUCUGCACAGCCAAGGCGCAGAAGCUCAGCCACCUCCAGGAGGCCGCCUACAAGGUGAUGAGUGACAACUACCUGCAGGUGCUGAGGACACCCUCCAUCUACAGCCGCCUCAACGCCGGCGAGCGGGAGCUCAUCCUGCGGCGGAGGAUGAAGGGGAAGAUGUACGUGGCCGUGGCAGACGUCAACGUGCAGGAGCCCGGCCUCCACACCAGCCGCCUCUGCUACUACGAUGACAGAGGGGACUGCUGGCAUCACCUCUGCCACGUGCCACCGGAGGUGGUCUCCCGGGGGUGCGCCAUGUGCAGCAUGUUCAACUACCUCUUUGUGGUGGCUGGCUGCGAGGGCACGGGCCGGACGCAGAGACCCUCCAACCGUGUCUUUUGCUAUGACCCCCUGACCAACAUCUGGAGGGAGAUCUGCCCCCUGAACCAAGCACGGCCGCACUGCAAGCUCGUGGCUUUGGAUGGACACCUCUACGCCAUCGGCGGUGAGUGCCUCUGCACGGUGGAGCGCUAUGACCCCCGGCAGGACCGCUGGACCUUCACCGCACCCCUGCCCCAUGACACCUUUGCCGUGGCCCACACGGCCACGGUGUGCGACGGGGAGAUCUACGUGACGGGGGGCACCUUGCGCUACGUACUGCUGCGUUACACCGCCCGCUCGGACAGUUGGAGGGUCAGCCCAGCCGGCGGUGGCAAGGACAGGACAGCCGAGAUGGUGAGUGCCAAUGGCUUCAUCUACCGCUUUGACCUCCACCGCAGCACAGGCAUCAGCGUCUACCGCUGCAGCGCCAAGGCCAAGCUAUGGUAUGAGUGUGCUGCCUACGCUGUGCCCGACCUGUCCAGCUUCCAGUGUGCCGUGGUGGGCAACCUGGUCCACUGUGUCAGCCGGCACUUCCACAUACGCUUCUUGGCUGACCACAUCUCACCACGCUUUGGGACCAAGGAGCUGCAGCCCUUCCCAUCGCCCCGUGGCAGCCUCCUCCCAGCCGUCCUGGUGCUGCCAGAGGGAGGGAUGGCACAAACACAGGUUUGA